AUGACAAAUACAACAAAUGAUUACCUCCAAAAUCCAUCAAAUCCUUUUUAUCUUCAUCCAAAUGAAAAUCCAGCAUUAGUUCUAGUUUUUCCAGUUCUCACAGGAAAGAAUUAUCAUUCUUGGUCUAGGGCAAUGAGAAUGUCACUAGUCUUGAAGAACAAAAUCAAGUUCAUUGAUGGCAUAAUAACUGUUCCUCCUAUUACAGAUCUGAUGUAUCCAGCCUGGGAAAAGUGUAAUAUGAUGGUUUUAUCUUGGAUUACAAGAUCAUUGUCACCGGCUAUUGCACAAAGCAUCUUAUGGAUCGAUAAAGCUUCUGAUGUUUGGAAAGAUCUGAGGGAAAGGUUUUCACAGGGAGAUAUCUUCCGAAUUUCAGAUCUUCAAGAGGAGAUCUAUGGAUUCAAGCAAGGUGAUUUGUUUGUCAUUGAAUAUUUCACAGAAUUCAAGAUUCUUUGGGAGGAAUUGUUGAAUUUUUUACCUGUUCCUGGAUUAAACGACAGAUUUGCUAAUGUAAGAUCUCAGAUCAUGCUUCUGGAUUCUCUACCUUCUAUUAAUAAGGUUUUCUCAUUAACUGUUCAACAAGAGAGACAAAUGGAUCUUGGGGAGGAUUUUAGUUCUAAAGCAUUGGUUAAUACUAAACUAAUGAGUGAUGAUUUCACUGAUAAUGGAUUUCAGAAAGGAAGUGGUUAUAGCUAUGGCAGGGGUCAAAACAUUACAAAUCAAUAUCAGUUUAAUAAGAAUUUUUCUGGCAAUUCUAGUAAUGUGAAGGUGUGUACCUAUUGUGAAAAACAAAGGCAUACAGUAGAUACGUGCUAUAAGAAGCAUGGAUUUCCUCCUGGAUACAAAUUUAAGAAUUCUGGCUCUUCUGCUAAUCAAGUUACUGUUGAAGAUCAGUCAUCUGGAAAUACAGAUAAUAUAACAAUCCAAGUUAAUUCACCAAGUAUUCAAAGUGUGCCUUUUACUCAAGAGCAGAUUCAGCAGUUAUUGGCUUUAAUCCAACCUCCAAAUUUAACAGCUAUUCAUACCUCUAACCAAGUUACAACUGGUAAUACUUUAGCUUCUUCAUCUCUAGGUAAUUCUCUUGUCCUUAGUUGCAUAUCCAGGUCUAAUCUAUGGAUCCUUGACACAGGAGCCACAGAUCACAUAUGUUUUUCAUUGUCCUCCUUUACUUCAUACAAGAAAAUUAACCCAAUUUUUGCAUGA